AUGGAAGUGUCAACUAGAUUAUUGACUCGGAAACGGCGAAAUUCGGAUUCGACCCCGCCGAUAACCAAGUACUUUGCUUCUGUCAAACGCGAAAGAUCCAUCUCGGAAUCGAAAAAUGUUAGCCAAAAACUGGACGGUUUGGGAAGAAUAUUCGUUUUGUAUUUUAAAGUUUGUCGAUUUCAGAGACUCCCGACUUGGCAAAUGCUCCACAAGACAAACAAGCUCCGGAGAAUGUUGCUGCUGCUCAAUACAAUCAGGAAGAACUGCGACGUCUUCUUGGUCUUCCACAGAAUCCAUAUCUGUACGAAGUUCCGAAUCCCGAGUUGCCUGCUGGACUCGAGAAUCUGCCGAAGAAUGUCUAUUCACAUAUUCUCACCAUUCUGGACUGUAAGCAAUCGUUUUGUUACUUUUCUCUAAACAUUGCUUUCAGUGCGCUCCGUUUCGGCGCUCUCCUUGGUUUCUAUGACUUUGUCUUCGCGUGUCAGAUGCUACGUGGCUGACAACAACUUCUAUCGUCGAAUCCAAAUGGAUCAUCUUGAUUUCAUGGACAGCUCGAUCCGCCCAGAUGACGAGGAGUUUGAAGAGAAUGAUCCAUUCAUCGCAUGUGGUUAGUCGACCUAUUAAUGUCAAUCAAACGUCUGAUUCUAAAUCGAAACAGGUGCUCUCAUCAAAUCCAUCACCAUCACUUUGGAUACCAAGAUUCGAGCGCAAGUCUUCUUGAACAUCUGUCGGAAUCUGCGUCAUGAACUCGGCGGAAGUCUUCACGGAUUCGGAAGGCUCCUGGAGACUGUAACCCAGUUCUGGAAGUUCUCCGAGAGACGUGUGAUGGUCAAGGCGGCAAUACUCAUUGAUUCGGAUCUGCGUCGUUGUCUCAUCAAAGUGCUCACUUCGAAACCGGGCCAGUAUGUCGGCCUCGAAAUGAGAGUUCGUUCAGGACUCAUCGAAUUAUUUCUCAAUCGGAAUCAGGACAUCGACGAGAACUCACCCGAUCAGAUAAUCGAAUUCGGCUCGUGGCUCUCCGUUCUUCUUCGCAACGUCAUGGAAAAGUAUCAAGGAAGGCUGUACUAUCUGUUGUUCGGACCGACCAAAUCGUCAAGAAACGGAGAACGAAUCGACUGGGCGUACUUUUGUGUGGAAGACGGCGGCGAGAUGACUCUGCGAAAGAGCGAGGCCAAUUACAAAAAGAUGAUGACGACCCUAUUGAACGGAAUCCGCGCGCUUCGUGUCAUGAACAACGCCAAGAAUUCUGAUAUGGCCUGGAACGGCAAGAAGAUCUAUCAGCUGUUUCUCCGGAUUAUUGGUAGGGCUCGCUUUGUUCCUUUAUCCGUCAGUAUUCUCUGUUUCAGAAGUGUGUGAGAUGCAAGGAACGUGGUCAGAGAUAGCUUCAUCAACGUCACUCGCAAUCGACACGGCAGGGCUCUUUAGUGAAUAUCUUGUCACUUGCCUCAAUCCACACCGUCCCGACUAUGCGAACCUCCUGGCGGAAGCCGCCGAGAUGGUGUGUAUUGUGCGCACUCACCUUUAUCGUUGGUCGGCAACGCCGGCUACGUUCCUCGCCGAACCAUUGCACCACGCAUUCAAUCAUCUUGCGCAACUCGACGGUCAUUAUGGUGAGCGGUGCCGCUUUUAUCCCGGCUGACGUCGGGAAAGAGUACUCUUAUUACAGGCGGUUACUACAAAGCGUUUUUGGAAAAGAUUUGGAAGACGCAAAAGGCCCGACUGACGAAACUGGUGGCAUCCGCAAGUAACACGACGGAAUCGAGCAUGUGCAUCCGCCAAGAGCUCGACGCUCAGCUUUCCACUGUUCGCCUGCUCACUGACUUUUCGGAAGCUAUUCUCAUCCCACAGGUCCACGUGCCACGCAAUGUCCCAGUUCAGCCCGUUCGUGUGCCCAAUGAGGAAGAUGAGCAGCAAGAGUAG